AUGGAUCUGGUAGACUUUUCCAGCUGCCAUGAAAAUCUCAGAAGCAACGCUAAUUGCUUUGAAACCAUUGAAGCACAGGAACAAUUUAAAGCUAAAUAUCUUCUGUUCCUUCCAUUCCUGAAGCCAAAAAAUAAUCAUUUAAGGCCACAAAUACUUUCAAAUAUAAUGACUUUAGAAAUGCAACCACAUCGCAAUUGUACAUUAAAUCUCUCGUUCCAUCAUGGCACCGACCAAAAAGAAGCGAAAAAAAACAUCGAGUCAUUGUUCCGAAAAUAA